AUGACCGAUGAUUCGUCUUCAUCUCCACCUAAAAAUUUAUCUUCUUGGAAUUUCAAUGAAUUAAAUCAUGAUGAUGAAUCGAAUAGUUCAAGUGAUUUUUUUUCUGUAUUAAAAAAAAAUGUUGCUAAACAUGUUUAUUUGGAUGAACAUAUUCCUAGUAAUCCGAAUAAUGCAACUAAGAACUGUUUAAAUGAACAAUCAACAACAACAAUUCGUAUUGAUAGUAGUGAUUUAAUAUCACGUUGUAAAAAUUUUCUUCCAUUAUUAACUGAUGCAAAUCGAACAUUAUUUUCUAAAAUUGAAUCAGGUGAAAAUGUUCGGAUUGAAUUAGAUUCUGAUGAAGAUGAACAAAGACCAAUUGAAAUGAAUCUAAUGUUUUGUCCAAAUGUUGAUACAUCAUCACAAUCGGAAGAUAGUUCUGACGAUGAAAAUAAUGAUGAAAAAAUUGAAUCAACAUUAUUACAAUUACCGAAAAAGAAAACUUCAGUUAAUAUUGUUGAAAUUGAAUCAACAGAUGAUAAAAAAUAUGAAUAUAUUGUUAAAAAUUAA